GUGGCAGCCCGGCAGCAUGGCGGCCGUGGAGACCCGCGUCUGCGAGACGGCGGGCUGUAGCAGCGAGGCCAAGCUGCAGUGCCCCACCUGUCUCAAGCUGGGCAUUCAGGGCUCCUAUUUCUGCUCUCAGGAAUGCUUUAAGGGAAGCUGGGCUACUCACAAGUUAUUACACAAGAAAGCAAAAGAUGAAAAAGCUAAACGUGAAGUAUCCUCUUGGACCCUGGAAGGUGACAUCAACACAAAUCCCUGGUCUGGUUAUCGAUAUACUGGAAAACUCAGGCCACAUUAUCCUCUGACACCAACAAGACCUGUGCCAAGUUAUAUUCAGAGACCAGAUUAUGCUGAUCAUCCACUAGGAAUGUCUGAAUCAGAGCAGGCUUUAAAAGGAACCUCUCAAAUAAAAAUCCUCUCACCUGAGGAUAUAGAAGGGAUGCGAGUAGUGUGUAGGCUUGCUAGAGAAGUAUUGGAUGUUGCUGCCAUGAUGGUGAAAGCGGGUGUAACUACUGAAGAAAUUGAUCAUGCUGUCCAUUUAGCUUGUAUUGCAAGGAAUUGCUAUCCUUCUCCUCUGAAUUAUUAUAACUUCCCUAAGUCAUGUUGUACAUCAGUGAAUGAAGUGAUCUGUCAUGGAAUUCCUGACAGGAGGCCAUUACAGGAGGGAGAUAUUGUUAAUGUGGAUAUUACUGUCUAUCGUAAUGGCUACCAUGGAGAUCUGAAUGAGACAUUUUAUGUUGGAGAAGUUGAUGAGGGUGCAAAGAGGCUUGUCCAAACGACGUAUGAGUGCCUAAUGCAAGCCAUUGAUGCAGUAAAACCUGGUGUUCGGUAUAGAGAACUAGGAAACAUUAUUCAGAAACAUGCUCAAGCAAAUGGAUUCUCGGUUGUUCGAAGCUACUGUGGGCAUGGGAUCCAUAAACUCUUCCAUACAGCCCCUAAUGUGCCACACUAUGCCAAAAACAAGGCGGUUGGAGUCAUGAAGCCAGGUCAUGUAUUUACAAUUGAACCAAUGAUCUGUGAAGGUGGUUGGCAAGAUGAAACGUGGCCUGAUGGAUGGACUGCGGUAACAAGAGAUGGAAAGCGAUCGGCUCAGUUCGAACACACUCUUCUGGUUACCGAUACAGGCUGUGAGAUCCUCACCCGGCGUCUGGAUAGUAUUCGUCCCCAUUUCAUGUCCCAGUGAUAGUCUAGACUGAGCACGUGGAUCUGAACGAUACUUAUUUGUCUCUGUACUAUGCAUUUUUUUUAAGAGUACAGAAUAGAGAGGAGUUUCAUCAUUUGCUUUGUUUUUGCUGAUUGUAGAUAAGAGAGGAAUUCAUUGAAGAACCUGACACAAUGUCUGGUGAAGCAGAGAAGAAUUUAAAGAAUUUUCUGCUUUCCUCCUACCUACAACACUCGUGCUAUUUUUUUCUUUUUCCUUCCAUUAUCUCUUUUGCACCUUUCUUCCAAUUAGACCUGCGGAUGCUUCUGUUGCUGUCAUAUUAGCUAGGAAAGUGUGGGUAACCUUUCCCACCUGGACUUUGUUAUUCUGGGAUCCAGUUUUCUUUUCGUUUCAGCGUGCCCUGUUUCUCUUGGUGUGUGAGCGGCACCUGAGAUUUUAUGGGUUUCUAGUUCCAAAGACCCGUUCCUGCUUCUGCAGAUACUGUUCUAAUGGGCUGGGCCUCAUUUGUUUAUCAGUUGAGAAACAGUUGAAGGGAGAAGGACGUGCAUGUUGCCAAGAAUAGAUGACCCUUACCUUUAAUUCUGUUCCCAUCUUUCUGCUGGUGAUCUCUGUGGUAAUUGUGAUUGUAGGUGGCACACGAUAUUAAAGCAGGACUGACUUCUUUUGCUAGAGAUUUCUAGAAUGGGCUUCCUACAGGGAAAACUGCUAAAUUCUGUCUUAACUGCAGCACUCUGCAACUAGCCGCCUAUCUGUGGAGCAGUGUUUGCAGGCAGUCUCCUGCUCCAGCAGCUUGGUGAAAAUGAUGCAUCAGACAUGGCUAGAGAAAAGAAUAAAACAAGAACCAAAAAGAAUCCCACGAUUCAUAGGAUCCCUGCGUGGGUCAGCUGUGGGACAUUUGUUACAGGUACGUCCACAGUAGCUGUGGGGGACUGGAUUUGUGAGACUUACGGUGAGAUGAGUAUAUAUCUCAAAAGUCCGAGUAUGAGAAGAUGAAAUGUCAAUGCUGUAUUUUUUUUUUGGUAGUUCUAAAACAGCUGUUUCUCCCUCAUCAAACAGUUGUCUGAGUUUCAUGGUUUUGUAAAGUCUUAGAGGGACAUAGGAAAACUGAUCUUUUCCCUCAGGCUGUAGAAUGGGCAAUCUUAAUUUUAGUAUACACACUUUUUUCUUGUCUACCUGUGGAUCAUGACCAGCUGGUGACUGUCACCCUAAGGAGUCUAUAUUAAGCCUCUGUCUUCUCUGUACCCUUUCUUCUCCCCUGCUCACUUCCUUUCCAUUAUCUUUGGUGUCUGUUGCUGAGGGAAUUUAUUUUUUCUUUUCUGAAUUGUAAUGAAAUUUUUUUCAGACCCCACUGCAGACUUAAAAGUCUUACACCACUGUAAUGCAAGAAACAGUCAAACCAAUGCAGACAUUAAAUCAUACAAUUGUGGGCAUAAAAUACACCUUUUACAAGGUAUCUAGUGAAUUUGUUGUCACAUUAGAUCCAAGCAUGAGGUACUGCAUGCCCUUGGCACUGCAGAAUGUAGAUGGGGAAACAUGUUAGUACUUCACGGAACUGGACUGACAUGGAUACUACCAAAUACCAAAUUUACCAGAAAACGUCUUCUCUGCCCUGAGUGCCUCAGACCUCCAUUGCUGUAAGAGUAUCAUUGCAAUGUUUUCAUUACCUUUAUUAUUAUUAUUUUUAAUUAUGCAGUAAAGUGACCUGAAAUGAUGCAUAGAAUAUGUGUGUGUGCGUGUGUAUGCGUGUGUAUAGAUUUUAACAAAACAGACUGUCGUACUCUGAGUGGAAUUACCUGUGUUGAAUGAAAUGUAAUGUAUUGAGAGGACUAUCCUGGAGGUUUGCCCACCAUCUCACUCACGUGAAUGGUUACAGUGGUCUUGCCUUUUCUGUGUGUGUGUGUGUGUGAGAGAGAGAGAGUGAGUGAGUGAGUGAUGGGGGGGGCCUCAUUUUUGUUCUAUAAAAUAAAAAUUGCAGCUGCUUCUAACAGAAAUCACAUUUUUUGUGAUCCAAAACUAGAUAAAGCAUUCUCAAGGUUUCUCCAGGUUUGCUUGCACCAGUGCAAGCCUACUAGUAGAUGCAUGCAGACAGUUAAAAAUCACACUUAAACCUGUGCAUGUGUAAUGUGGAUACCUCUUUGUUGUUGCACAAAUAUAACCAAAUUUAGCACUGCAAGUUUACACCACAGGUAAUCUAUGAUGCUAUGCAUUUCUGUCUAUAAAUUGAAAUUGCGGUAAGAAAACUGUUUCUACUGAGUUCAUACUGUUGCAGUAUUUUUAAACAAGUGAAAAGUUUGGACAGCAUCUACACCUGUUCUUUGAACAUGAGACAGAUAACAGGUCAGCCUGGAGAACAGAAUUAUUUAAUAAAAAUGUUGUGAAAGACCUUUUUCACCUAUUAGCUGUAGCUUUCCUUGAAUGUUAUGUAUUACGCUUGUGCUUACUGGAUUUGGGAAAUGAUCUGUUUUUCAUCCUUACAGAAACUGCUAUCCACUACAAAAUACAACACAACAACAAAAAACCUUA